UAGGGCUUAAGACAUCCAUCCAUAUAAGUUCUUCUCCGUUGCCAAAAUGCUCGCCGGCGGCGGCGAUCUGCCCCAGAAGUUCCUCCAAAUCAAGCUGGACGACAAGUUCUUCUCCCGGCUUCUGUCCAAGGAGAGCUCCGCCUCCACGGCGGAAGCCUCCUUCCGAGUCCUCUACUACGGCGGCGCUGGCGGCGCAGUGCCCUUCGUCUGGGAGUCACAGCCCGGCACCCCUAAACACCCAUUUUCGGGUCACUCUCUCCUUCCUCUCACCCCUCCACCCUCCUUCCAAUCCAGUCCCAAACCCAAUAAGUCCAUGCGAAAGAGCUCGAUACCCAGGUUUCCGUUCAGGAUCUUCCGGCGAGUCACCUCCAGGGAAAGUCUGGUUUCGCCGGAGUUUUCGUCGUCUUCCUCUCGCUCAUCCAGCUCGUACGCUUCGUCUUCUACUGGGAUGAUCAUCAACCCAUUUCGUCGCUGGCGGUUACUGGUGUCGCGUUCGAGAUCAUCGGUAGUCCACCUUGGAGGUGAUGACGGCGGCGAGCGGGCUACUGACAUGGGUUCUCCGAGCUCACCUUCGUGCUUUGGAUUUCGACAUGUCCAGUGAUCUUCGCAGCAGCCGGUCCAAAUCCAAAGUGAAUCAGAAAUAUUCGCUGUAAAUUUAAUGGCGAUCGAGGAAGCUUUGUUUCUUAAACAUCUUUUAGCAUCUUCCUUCGUUCUGUGGACUCUGGUGAAGAUAAUGGCACUUUGAAUGCAAUCCAUGGUUUCCAUUUCUUAGAUC